AUGCCUCACAGUCAUCACUCUCACUCCGGACGGUUCUGUGGGCAUGCUUUCGGAUCCGUAGAAGAAGUUGUAUCGGAAGACAUCAAACAACGUUUCGAGGUGUAUCUUUUGACAGAACAUGUGCCCCGCUACAGGCUAGAAGAUCUUGUUCCAGCGGAGGUAGUUUCUCCUCCUCAAACUAGGUACAUCUGA